UUUUACGCUUUAUGUUAUAUAUAUUUUACACAUAAUUUACAUUUUAUAUUUCAUGCGUGCUAUAUUUUUAUAUUAAAAACCUGUGCGAAUUAAUAUUUAAAGAAUGUAUUAUAAAUAAUGAUGUAAUGGAAGGAUAAUAAAGAUGCUUCAUGUAUGUCAUACAAUUUAUUUAUAUAUUGUAUACAUUGUAUUUUUAUACGUUUACAAUAAAAAUAGUAGAGGUAAUAGGCGGGUUCUGAGCCAGACAAUGGGGAUGACGUCACUAGGGGGAAGGAGAGGGGGAAGGGUUUGUUUUCGAAGAUCCUUUGGAUCCGCCGCCUCGCAGGUGUCAGAUAAGGGAAGGAGUUUCAUAAUAUCUUAUAUAUAUAUAUUUAUUUAUUUUGUAAAUCUAAUCUUUUUUUUAUUAUUGCGAAUAUUGAUAUUUCCGGUUCCCAAAAACAUUUAAUACGUAGUCAUUUUAUUCGAAGAUAUGUAAGUACACUGCCGAACAAUGAUUCGGCCCAUUCCCUAGCGAGUUUAUCUAGGACUUGUCCUAUAUAAAUUUUGCUAGGAUGGAAUGGGUUGAAUCAUUGUCCGGCAGUGUACACAGAUUUUCUUCGACUCGAAACUUUAUCGUCACGUCGAUAUUAAAUUUUAUUGCAUUCGGAUACUUUUGCCGACGUGCUCGACGGAAAAGCCUACAGUUGCGUUUGAUAUUACCCCAAAAUAAAAAUUUUUCGAUACAAUUGAACACGUUUUCAUAUGUCGAAGCCCAUAGGCUUAUUAGUUGUAAACAAGUAGCAUGGAUAUAUAUAUAUGGCGAGACUCUUAGAGUAACUCUUAGACCAAAAAGAUCAAGCGUUCGAGAUCGCAGCUCAAUCGUCGAAGUUUUUCUGAAAGUGAAAUUUAAUUAUUAAAAUAUAUUGCAAGAUGCGUACUGUACAGAUUAUAUAUCCAGUAGAAGGUGUAAGUAUAAGUGACAGUGCAAGUUUUAUGUGCGGUAAAGUGUAUAGAUUUAAUAAUAAUUUUUAAAAUUUUACAGUUUGUAUACGUAGACGAGACACCAAUUACAGGUGUCACAUUUGCCAAUAGUAUUACUGUACCACUACUCCCACAACAAAAUCAAAUGUAUAUACCAUUGAGUAAUUUAAUUUCGGUGCGCGGUUCCGUAGGACCACAGCCGUGGUUUCCCUACGCUGAUAUACACAUCCCCGGCUUUAUCAAUAUCGAAAAGAAAAUCUGGACGCAAUACUUUAGAAAGAUCAAUCAGGACCAUAAUGAUGAUCUAAUAAACCAUUCUUAUGGAGAAUUUGGCAUGGCCGACGUAUUUGAUUUACGCAAAUUGUUUAAUAUGGAGCCGCUGGUUGACGAGGAUUUGGAAGAUUGGAGUCGCGAUGAAAUUGCACCGAUUAAUGAGUCUGGAGCCUCUAAUCAGCGAUUUAGAAAUUUAAGAAUAGUUUUUUUAAACAACAUACAUUUAUAUUUUUAUAUUUAUACUUUUGCAUUAACUAUUUUUUUAUUUUAUAUGUAAUAAUUAAUUAAGAAUAUAUGUUAUUUAAAAAAAUAAAAAAUAAAAAAAUAAAAAUUUAGUCAGUCUCUCUUACAUUUGUCUACUCAUCACCAUACUAUCCUUUCACUUUUUAUCUCGUAUUAUUAUUAUUAUUAUUAUUAUUAUUAUUAUUAUUAUUAUUAUUAUUAUUAUUAUUAUCAUAUAUAUAU